GGGAGAAGAAGCCCACACAGACGCCUCACCUCUACUGUCCUUCCGCUGUCCUGCAAUUGGCUACUUCAUUCUCCCUACGCGGCUAUCUCCAGCUCUCGCGCUACCCCUUAGUUCUACGAUAAACGGCCGCCUGCGAUUGGCACUAAACCGAAGCAAGGGGGGGGGAAAUUCCCCUGGUGCGCAUGCGCGCUUAUUCUUCCCUGGGCUGUCGCUCAGCAGUCCCCUCCCCCUUUCCUGUGGAGGCUUGGGGGUAAAGUCAGAAUAAGGAAACCGGGUCAAUUUAGGAGCCAGCACUAGCCUGCUUGACCCCGCCCCUUCAUUAAUCCUCGCGCGGCCGUCAGUUUCGCUUGUCUGUGGCAGUGUUGGGUGGCGCGAGGCGUCCGCAGCUUCUCGGAGGGUAUAUAAGGGUCUCGCGAGGCGCAGUUGCGCCCUCUCACUUGGUCAAAGGGCCAUGUCAGUUUCGCCCGUGAAGAGGCAGAAGAUGGAGUCGGUGCUGGAGCAGCUCAAGCAGCACACCACGGUGGUGGCCGACACCGGGGACUUCCAUGCCAUUGAGGAAUAUAAGCCUUUGGAUGCUACUACCAAUCCUUCCCUGAUACUGGCUGCUGCCCAGAUGCCAUCUUACCAGCAGUUAGUGGAAGAUGCUAUUGCAUAUGGAAAAGAACUUGGUGGGUCAGAAGAUGAUCAGGUUACAAAUGCUUGUGACAAGCUUUUUAUAUUAUUUGGUGGAGAAAUAUUGAAGAGAAUACCUGGCCGUGUGUCCACAGAGGUAGAUGCAAGGUUGUCAUUUGACAAGGAAGGCAUGGUUAAGAAGGCUAGACACUUCAUAGAUCUUUAUAAGGAAGUAGGAAUUAGUAAAGACCGCAUCCUUAUCAAACUGUCUUCAACAUGGGAAGGCAUCCAGGCUGGCAAAGUUCUCGAAGAACAAUAUGGGAUCCACUGCAACAUGACAUUACUGUUUUCCUUUGCUCAGGCUGUUGCCUGUGCAGAGGCAGGUGUUACACUCAUUUCACCUUUUGUUGGGCGUAUCCUGGAUUGGCAUGUUGCAAAUACAGACAAAAAAGCUUAUGAGCCAUCAGAGGACCCAGGAGUGAAAAGUGUCACUAAAAUCUACAAUUACUACAAAAAAUUUGGUUACAAAACUAUCGUGAUGGGAGCUUCAUUUCGAAACACUGGAGAAAUCAAAGCACUCACUGGCUGUGACUAUCUCACCAUUUCUCCCAAGCUUCUGGGAGAGCUCAGUAAAGAUACCAGUAAGCUAACUCCAACGCUCACUGUCAAAGAAGCCCAGGCAUCUGACUUUGAGAAGAUCCAUCUAGAUGAGAAGACAUUCCGUUGGCUUCACAAUGAAGACCAAAUGGCUGUGGAGAAAUUGUCUGAUGGGAUCAGAAAGUUUGCUGCUGAUGCCAUUAAACUGGAACGGAUGAUAAAGGAACGAAUGUUCAGUGCUGCAAAUGGAAAGUAGAGAAACCAAAGUUCUUCUAUGUGGAAUGGGUGUACAAAUGCUAUGUUGCAUAUGAAUGAAUUUUCUGUAUCCUAAGCUUUUUAUGUAGAUUUGUAAACAGAAGGCUUUCAAUGUUUGUGACACUUUUAUAUAUCAAAAAUCCACUCCUUGGGGGUGGACAGACAUUUCCACUGAGAAUUAUAAAUUUGCAAAUGACUUGGCUACCACUAAUUGAUGGGGAAGGCUUUCUCCCCUCAAAUAUUAAUAAUUUUAAAAGAUUUUAUCAAUGUUUCCAUUAUUCAUACUUUUGAAGUACAGUGGGUACAAUGUUCCAUUCCAGGAAGUAUAAAACAACACCUUUGCUCCAACUUUUGUCCUGAAAAUGAGAACUGUGUUUGGAAUAAGGAAUUCUGAGAGAGUGUUUGAGGAAUUUGUACUAUAGUAAGUAAGUGCUAAAGAGUAGCUAUUUUUCUAUGGAGGAAGGCCAUGGAUUAUUAACAUGGAUGCAGUAAUGGGCUUAAAUCACAGCAGUUCAUUUUAGACAUCACACCAAGCCAUGGACGUUCAACUGCCUUAAUACGACAUCUGAACACAUAUUCACAACUGACCAUCAAUCCAAACUUGCCAAAUUUGGGUGUGUGUAGCUAUGUCUUCGUGAUGUUUAAUAUACCAUUGAAUUAUCGCUACUGGUUUGCCCUCUAAAUUUUAGAAAUAGAAUGUUUAGGAGGUGGAAAAUUAAAAUAUACAAGCAGCUUUUAAUCAUGAUUUGUACAGCUGGAAGCCCAAAUUGUGGUUUGGCUUUUAAGCUAUCAUUAGUGCAGAUCAGUUUUCCUAACUGAGCCCCAAUGAAUAUUAAUUCAUUGGGGCUCAGUUAGGAAAAUUAAUAUUCAGUCUUGCGAACAAAAAAGCUUUGCAGUAAUAUGGAAUGGUAAGGUAGUACAUAUAGGAGUAAGAAAGACUAUAAAAUAGGAGUCAGCAUACUCUGCGAGUUCUCAGAAUCAAACUACUAUGUUCCAUUUCCAGGACUCACGUUUUGAUCAGAGACAAUGCUUUAAUUUUGCCUAUCUCAAAAAUAUCAUCAAUCGACAUUCCAGCUUUCAUCAGUUUCUCAUCCAGGGCCUUCCGCCACAUUGCUUUGUGUGUAUCCUGAUUUAAAGCAGCUAACAAAACAUCUUCAGCAUAGAGCUGUUUUAAUCUCAGUUUGAGGGCAAAUGCUCCCAAGUAUAUCUGUCCAGAUUCUGCCUGUAAUAUGAUGGUUUGAUGCACAGCAGAGAAUAUCCAAUAUUUUCCUUAAGAACUGGGCUAGUGGUUGGUCAAUAUUAUCAGAGAUAGCUUUAAUCCAAAUAGCUGAACCAUAAAAAAUGAGGGGAACUGCUUUCAAAUUAAAGGCUUGCAUGACUCCAGGAAUACAACCCCACUUUAUUGUGGAAGAACCUAUUUAUGGUGCUUGUGUAAGCUUGAUUUGUGAAGGGCUGUUCUGAAUUACUGUGUGCAAGAUAGAUCUGCUGAAAACAGAUUCCUCAAAUAGGAAGUCCGACCCUGUUUGGGACAAAAUCACUGCAUUAUCUGCAUAAAGCAAAAUAGGUACACCAAUCUCAGCUAAUUUGGGUGGAUGGCAGUAAUAAUCAAAAAUCAAUGCUGUGUUUAAAUAUAAAUUAAAUAGGAAAAGUGCCAACAAGUAUCCCCCACAAACCCCCUUUUCCAAAUUAAAUGAUUUGUCUAAUUCCCAUCAUAUCGAUAUCAUACUUGGGCAGUCAAACCUGAGUAUGUGUUGAAUAAGUCCUAGGAGCCUUUUCUUUAUGAUGGUUUAAGUUUGUUCCACAAUCUAGGGCAAUUUAUGGGGUUGAAGGACCCCCUGAGGUCAAUAAAAGCCACAUGUAAUCUUCCCCCCUCCUUUAAAAUGAAUAUUUUUCAGCCAGGUGAUAAUUAGGCAAAGGUCAUAUGAUGAGGAACCCCACCUAAAUCCUAUGUUCACGCCCUAGUAUGGUUUCUGAUUCCAUCAAACCCAGGAGCUUCUUUAGUAAGUAAGCAGAAUAUAAUUUUCUUAGAGAAGACUGAUUGGUCAAUAGCAGGAUGGGCCACUUCUGGGUCCCUUUUAAAAUAUCAGGAUAAUAAUAGGAUGUUUCCAUAAACCAGGUAUUUGUGCACUGAUGUUAAUUUGUGUGGAAAUGGGCCAGGAUGCUAUUGCACCAAGAGGAAUAGUGAUAGAUGCACUAGGAUCAUUAGCAUCGGAGAAUAGCCUCUUAAAAUAGACUUCCCACAUCAAAGAGGCAAUACAGCAUGGGAUUUUAGAGGCUGGGUUUAUAGUAGCACUGAUGAUACAGUAGAAGACUUUAUUGUCAUCAUUAUUGCUAGUUGAAAGAAGAUAUUUCUAUUUAGAGAAACUGGGACCAAUUUUGUAGCUUUUUUGAAUUGAGUUUGGAUUAAGACCAAGAAGAGCAUAGCCCUUUAAUUUUCUGAAAGAUUGGCCAUUUAACUUAACAGGGAAAUUUUCCAAUGGACUUCUGCCUUACAGGGCUGCUAGUGGCUAGGAGCAAGCAGAGCCAAGCCUCUGCAACUCGGCCCAGACCCCUCAGUCAGCCAGGGCAGUUUGUGUCAGCUCACCAACGGUCUCCUCCUGCACUGCUUCCACUUUGGGAGUUGAUGCAGUGGGUGAGCUAAUAAUGCCCAUUAUUAGCCCCACUGAGCUGAGUGAUCCUGCAGUGUUGGCUUAAAGCACAGCAGAAGAUGCUCAGCUUGAAACCUCAGGGCUGUUUCACUUCCCAGCCCUUUCCCAGUAAGUGGUUUGGUGCUGUGUAGGGUCAUUGCUGCCUCCACUGCAAAUAGCAUUGCUAGCCUGGUCAGAUAACUACAUGAGCAUAUGGAGUACUGCAGCUGGGACAACUUGCCUCUGUGGUCAACCACUGGGAGCAGAUGGGUGAGUGGGUGGGUGUGGCUAGAGCCAGAGCCUUCUAGAAAUGCCAGGUAAUAAUGUCAUUGGUUGCAACUUCAGACUGUCCACCAUUGCAUUCAUUGUAUCUAGUAAUGUCUUUGGUGCAAAAUCUUCCAACUCAAUUGCUGUAAUUUUGUUUUUCUUACCUGUUAUCUUGGUUACUCAACAUGCCACAAUUUUAAUACCUAA